CUGUAAACCGCGAGACAGCAUUGUCUAGCUCUAUAAAUAAACGAUUUGCGAACACGUCGGUCAGUCUCUAAGCAAUUGUUCAACGUUUAACUUCUGAUCAGCGGUGGUUGAGUGACGUCACAGACACUAUGCAGUUACUACACAUUUUCACACAAAUCACUUUCCUCGGACUGCUAUCUCCGGUUGUGAGGUGUAAAGUUGGAGAAACAAUGAAAAACUCCCAACAGCUUACAAGGGUGGCGAAACAGAUACAAAUGAAUCCAAAUCUUGGAAGCACACCUAACGACCAUAAACCGGCAGAAACUGGGAGUUUCGGUAUGGGAUCAUCAGCCUCUCUGGGACAUGGGAAGUACUUCCAGGAUGCCUAUACUCACUUUUACGGACCACACCAGAUCGAGUUUGGUCACGUGAUGGAGACGCCCGACCAAUGGGAGCUUCGCUUCGAAAGGAAGGACGAUCAGAACAAGCGAUAUCAGGGAAAGGCUCGUUGGGGAGAUAAACAUGGCGGAUAUGGUGAACAUUACUGGGACUACAAUCAUGCCGGACAUCAUGAUGGAGGAGGUGGAGGAGGCGGAGGAGGAGGUGGUGGAGGCGGAGGAGGUGGCAAUGAUGAGGAGCCCAGCAGCGAUGAAGGUGAAGAAGAAGAAAGUGAUGGAUACAGCCACAACGUUCCUGAAUACUCUCAAACAGGGCGAUCUCUGUCCUUGCCGACAACCUCUCCUUUUCUAGCCUCAUCCUACCCCUCCCCCUCCUCCUACCCUCCUCCUUCCUCAUCCUACCUGCCGUCAUCCUAUCCAUCAACAUCAUCCUUCACAUCGCCAUCAUCCUCCAGCUCCUAUCCUCCUUCCUCGUCUCCCUACAUGUACGACGAAGAGAGAGUGAAGAGACAUCCUGAUCAGAAGGCCUCGUCGACUGUGAUCCAGUCUCCGGUGUCGCUGGUCUAUGAUAUUGAAACCGGAACUGUGAUCAACGAGGCAACAGGCAAAUCUUACGUGUUGCACCCAGUCAACUGAAACCAUUCAAGAGAACAGUCUACUAAAUGUAUUGGCUUCAUCUGAACAACUGUGUUACUCCGUCUGUUAACACAAUAUUAUUGUAUAAUAUCGGAUAUUUUGUCUGAUAGCGUUCAAGCUAGUUGAUGAAUGAAGAAUUAAAAUGCCAAUUAAUUUUCAGUUGAAGAUCUUCAGCCCUUAUAACACAACGUCAUGUGAGUAACUGAGUUACUCUUUAUUCAUUUAUACAAUGAGUACAUUAUCAAUAGGUACAUUAUCAUACAUAAGUACUCUGACUUCUACUUCUUUAGCUAUAAGUUAUUGUACAAUGAAGGAGAAUGUGUAUGAUAAAUUCUGCUUUAAACUUCAUUGAAGCUCUUUAGGUCUAAACGUUCACCUGAGUAUGGUCACUCAGACCCUCUUACUAAGUCACUGUCACUUUAGUAACUGUGAUACUCUGAUUGUUCAACUGAAAAUUAUGUUCUUGUACGAAAAAUAACAUUUUGUAUGAUGCAUUAGAAAUGUAUCAACUUGAUUGAUACUCUUCAGCUCUUUUCACACAAUUCCAAACCAGCAAGCCAUUGAGUCAUUCUCAUUCAUUUUGUAAAUUCAAGACUCAUUAUUUUAAUAUAGAUAUUACCUCUCAAAUAGAUAACUAUAAUUUUUAUUCUGCAUGAAAUUGAGCGAUCGUUAUGUUUUCAUUUCAUGAGCUCUAAUCAGCACAAUGUCUCAAACAACAUGUUGUCAUUGUUACAAUAUAUUUCAUAUUAUUAAUAAUUGUAACAAUUCCAUUUAUACUAAGAAUAGAUAGAUAUAAGAGUAUGAAGGAAUAAAUAUCGUCAUAUGAGUAAGCGAAUAAAUCAUUAGUUUAUGGAAAAUGUAUGAAUAAGUCACAGCUUAUGAAAUUAAUAUUCAACCAACUCGAUUUAUUCAAGUAAGCGAAUAAAUCAUUAGUUUAUGGAACAUUUAUGAGUAAGUCACAGCUUAUGAAAUUAAUAUUCAACCAACUUGAUUUAUUCAACUGAGGGGAAGUGAAUAAAGUUCCAUUAGUUUAUGGAACAUGUAUGAAUAUCUCAUAGUUUAUGAGAUUAAGAUUUAACCAAUGUUGCAGGACAGCAGCGCAAGCUGUCCAUAUGUCAGAUGGAAACAAUAAGUCCAGAUGACAAGAAUAUUGGAUUAGAUUGCAUCUUGAAGUGUUGAAUUCAUUUAGUAAAAUUAUAAGAAGGCAUUAUUGUACUUUCUAUUACAAUACUACAUAGUCUGAGAAAUUCCAAGUAUAUUAAAUAACAUUAUUUGUAUUUCAUUUAUACAUUCAUGUGAUAAUCACUUCUAUUCAGGAAGUAGGGUAAUUGGAAUAGUCAUUGAUUGGGAAGUAAUUUUCAGGUCUUAAAAUAGUUAUUGUUGGUUGUUUCUAUAUUAUUUGUUAUGCGUUGCUAUGUUAUAUUGUUGUUGUUAAUAAAUAUUGUGUUCAAUAUCUCUGUACAUUUUGAGAUUUUUCAAUACUCA